AUGGUUAUGAAUUUGGUUAGGAUGAUGGUAAUGGAUUUGGCUUUGGCUUUGUGGGAAGUCAGAGCUGCAGCCUCCCUAGUUGAAGCUCUUCAAGAAUCUGAAACGAAGCCAUCAGUUAGAAUCAUCAAUGAAUCUUCUUUUCAUCUUGAUCGUAACCAAAGCUAUGUUGACAUGAUAGCAGAAAAGAAUUUAAGGGGAGUACUGAGAUCAGAAGUUGAUAGAUCUUUGUCACGAGAUGAGAUUGUCAUUGUGGAUUCCUUAAACAGCAUAAAGGGUAACAGGUACGAGCUAUGGUCUUUGGCUCGUGCAGCUGGAAUUAGAUAUUGUGUUCUUCAUUGUGACGCCUACUGUCGAAAAUGGAACGAAGAACGUAGGGAAAAAUUGGAGUCAGCUUAUGAUGAUAAAAUAAUUGGAGAUCUUUUGAGGAGGUUUGAGAGGCCAGACAGCAGAAAUCGUUGGGAUUCUCCAUUGUUUGAGUUAUGGCCUUCAAGAGAUGGAAUUGAAAACUCCUCUGCUGCUAUAGUGGAUGCUAUCAUGUACCUGACAAAGACGGUCGACUCGAAAACAAGGGAUGUCAAAGUUUUAAACCCAACAAUUGCAACACAAAAUGCAAGGACUAUUGAGGCAACUUCUCUUUAUGAAAUGGACAGAGCAAAACAAGAGGUAGCCAAUAUGAUAGUAGAAGCUCAAUCCCAAGCUAUGGGAAGCCCCCUCAGUGGUGUCUCCCUUGUACCUGGAUUACCAAAUAUUGAUAUUUUGAGGCCUGUUGGUUUGCCUGAGCUACAACUUUCUGACUCUAAUUUUGUCAAUUCCGAAUCCGUACUGUGCUUAACCUCCCUCAACGGUCUCUAUACGUACGUUUCUUGUAUCUACACGCUUCAACCACCUGGUUUGAUUUUAUCUGGAGGCUUUAAUUUGUUGUCUUUGGAGUGGAGAAGAUUGCAGAAAUUGGACAUGAGAAGCUCUUGGUUCCAUAAACUAUCAUUGAUUUUCGGCCCUAGACUGCCAGUUAACUGGUUACUUCUGUGUCUAGUUAGCGUCUUUGUUCUGAUUGCGGUUUUUGGAUCAUCUUCUCCAAGUGCAUUUGAGAGCGCUUCUGUGAGGUCUGACAUCUAUACAAACAAUAGAAGGCUAAAGGAGCAAGCAGCAGGUGAUUAUUUGGAGUUGAGGAAUCUGGUAACUAAUCAUUUGAAGGAUUUUGGUCCUUGUGGAAAGGAAAGAGAAAAUUAUUUGCCAUGCUAUAACGUGUCUGCAAAUCUGCUGGCUGGUUUUCAAAAUGAGGAAGAGUUUGAUCGGCACUGUGAAAUAUCACGAGAUCAACAGCGUUGUUUGGUUCGCCCCCCGAAGGACUAUAAAAUUCCUUUGACUUGGCCAACUUGUAGGGAUGUUAUAUGGAGCGGUAAUGUGAAGCUCACUAAAGAUCAAUUCCUUUUGUCUGGAAGCAUGACAAAAAGGCUGAUGUUGCUAGAAGAAAAUCAAAUUUCUUUCCGUUCAGACGAUGGGAUGAUUAUUGAUGGUGUUAGAGAUUACUCUCACCAGAUUGCUGAAAUGAUAGGUUUGGGAAGUGACACUGAAUUUCUCCAAGCUGGAGUGCGCAAUAUACUUGAUAUUGGCUGCGGAUUUGGUAGCUUUUGUGCUCAUCUGCUCUCUCUUAAGUUGAUGGCUCUGUGUAUGGCAGCAUAUGAGCCAACAGGUAGCCAGGUUCAGCUAGCCCUUGAGAGAGGUCUCCCAGCAAUCAUUGGCAACUUCAUCUCAAGACAGCUCCCAUUUCCAUCCUUGUCAUACGACAUGGUUCACUGCACUCAGUGUGGCAUUGUCUGGGAUGACAAAGAUGGGUUGUUUCUUAUUGAAGUUGACAGAGUACUAAGGCCAGGUGGUUACUUUGUUUUAACCUCACCUAGAAGCAGGCAGCAGGGAAGUUCCACGGACGCAAAGAAAGGAAGCAUUGAUACUCUAUUUGAAGAAUUCACCCAAAAACUUUGUUGGAAUCUUUUGGCACAGCAAGAAGAGACUUUCAUCUGGCAGAAAACUGCAGAUGCUCAAUGCUAUACAUCUAGCAAAAGAGGCACUUUACCACUUUGUAAAGGAGAUGAUGUCAAAUCAUAUUAUCAACCUCUUCCACAUUGUGUAAGUGGGCCAGCUAGCAAGCGAUGGAUCCCAAUUCAGAAGAAUUCUUUUGGUUCUCUGAGCUCUUCUGAACUUGAAGUCCAUGGAGUUAAUCCUGAAGAUUUCUCUGAAGACAUGGAGUUCUGGAGAUCUGCUUUGAGAAAUUAUUGGUCAUUGCUUUCACCCCUGAUUUUCUCGGACCAUCCAAAGAGGCCGGGUGAUGAAGAUCCGUUGCCUCCUUAUAAUAUGGUUCGGAAUGUGAUGGACAUGAGCGCCAAUUAUGGAGGUUUAAAUGCUGCAUUACUGGAAGCAAGAAAAUCAGUGUGGGUGAUGAAUGUUGUGCCCAUUAGUGAACGUGAAACACUUCCUCUCAUCCUUGACCGAGGUUUCGCUGGCAUCUUGCAUGACUGGUGUGAACCUUUUCCUACUUACCCUCGGACGUAUGACAUGCUUCAUGCCAAUAGACUCCUGUCACAUCUUGCUUCAGAGGGAUGCAGUAUGAUCGAUUUACUAUUAGAAAUGGAUCGUAUUCUUCGGCCAGAGGGAUGGAUUAUUAUUUCCGAUAAGGUUGGUCUUAUAGAAAGAGCACGAAUGAUUGCUACACAGCUUCGCUGGGAAGCACGCGUCAUUGAUCUUCGGAAUGGCAGUGACCAGCGUUUCUUGAACUCUGAUGUAGUACACUAG